AUGGGUACACAUCUUGUGAGUGGAAUGGGUACAUAUCUUGUGAGUGGAUUGGAUACGCAUCUUGUUAGUGGAAUGGGUACGCGUCUUGUGAGGGGAAUAGGUACGCAUCUUGUGAGUGGAAUGGGUACGCAUCUUAUGAGUGGAAUGGGUACGCAUCUUGUUAGUGGAAUGGGUACGCAUCUUGUGAGUGGAAUGGGUACGCAUCUUAUGAAUGGAAUGGGUACAUAUCUUGUAAGUGGAAUUGGUACAUAUCUUGUGAGUGGAAUGGGUACAUAUCUUGUGAGUGGAAUGGGUACACAUCUUGUGAGUAGAAUGGGUACACAUCUUGUGAGUGGAAUGGGUACACAUCUUGUGAGUGGAAUGGGUACAUAUCUGGUGAGUGGAAUGGGUACACAUCUUGUAAGAGGAAUGGGUACGCAGUUUGUGAGUGGAAUGGGUACACGUCUUGUGAGUGGAAUGGGUACAUAUCUUGUGAGUGGAACGGGUACGCAUCUUGUGAGUGGAAUGGGUACGCAUCUUGUGAGUGGAAUAGGUACGCAUCUUGUGAGUGGAAUGGGUACGCAUCUUAUGAGUGGAAUGGGUACGCAUCUUGUUAGUGGAAUGGGUACGCAUCUUGUGAGUGGAAUGGGUACACAUCUUAUGAGUGGAAUCGGUACGCAUCUUGUUAGUGAAAUGGGUACGCAUCUUGUGAGUGGAAUAGGUACGCAUCUUGUGAGUGGUAUAGGUACGCAUCUUGUGAGUGGAAUGGGUACGCAUCUUAUGAGUAGAAUGGGUACGAAUCUUGUUAGUGGAAUGGGUACGAAUCUUGUGAGUGGAAUGGUAACACAUCUUGUGACUGGAAUGGGUACACAUCUUGUGAGUGGAAUGGGUACACAUCUUGUAAGUGGAAUGGGUACGCAGCAUGUGAGUGGAAUGGGUACGCAGCAUGAGAGUGGAAUGAGUACGCAGCUUGUGAGUGGUAUGGGUACAUAUCUUAUGAGUGGAAUGGGUUCGAAUCUUGUUAGUGGAAUGGGUACAUAUCUUGUGAGUGGAGUGGGUACAUAUCUUGUGAGUGGAAUGGGUACACAUCUUGUGACUCAUGUAGUCCUCAAAUGUGCUUUAAGAUCAUAA